CUCCGCGCUUCUCGCCAUGGGUCUCUGCAAAAGACCGCCUGUUGGGCCGCCGGCUGCUUUCGGGCCUCGUCGUUGCUGUCGCUCUGGGCACCGGCCAUUCUCCCCUCACAGCUGCUCCCAGCGUCUGUACCAGACCAAGCGGCCACCGAGCAAAGGUCCCCCCCCUCCACUCCUUCAGAGACACCCUCCCGCUCCAGCCACCGCCCUAUUCCGCCUGGACAGCAUGGCAUUCAGCUCUCCCCAGGAUGAGGCAGUUCAUUGGAAAUCUCUCUAUGAAGAAGCCAAGAGCGAGCUCGAAGAGCUCAACCAGUCCUAUACCGAAUACCAGCAAGAGUCGGCCAAGUAUGAGCAGGAGCUGGACAAGGAGACCAGUGCCCUAAAGAAGGAGAGGGAGCUGCUGAGGCGAGAGGCUGCCGAGCUCAAGGAAAAGUUACUGCAUGAAAAGCACGAGUCCAACCGUCAAAUCAACAAGUUACAGUCUGAAGUCGACAUUUUGAGGAACAUCGAGAUGGAGUAUCGUCACCAAUGCCGAGAGCUCGAGAUUCUCAACUCGAGCUUGGAACAGUCGCAGAGAAUGUACCAGUCCACGGCCGACGACUGGGAGUCCAAGUGCGAAAAGCUGCUGGAGAAGAACAUCAUGCUGGAGUUCGAGCUCGAGACCGCCCAGGCGGUGGAAGUGGAGGCGCAGCGCCUGAGGGACGAGCUGCGAGACACCAAGAUCGAGCUGGCCAUCCUCAAGUCGCAAGUCGGGUACGGCUCUGCUCCCCCGUCACCCGGCGCCCACACCAACGCCACGCUUGAAACCUGCUCGGAGAUUGACGACCGCAACCCCCUCCUGUUUCGAAGCCCGUCCAUCCCGCAGAUGGCCUAUUCGCCCGAACAAGAGCCCGCUGUGCCAAGCAAGACCCAGGCAGACACAGUCAUGAGCGAGGCUGAGCUUACCAUGCCGCAGCCUCACGGCUCCGCUGCCUUUAUUCCGCAGCACUCGCAAUUCAACUCGCCUACCCGGUCAUCAUCGUCUCCGUCGCUGCUGCAGUACACACCCGACACGGGGCGCCUGUCGCCCGGACGCACGAUGCUUCCUCGGCCAGUGCGGAACCGGAACACCCAUUCGGCUCUUUCUACCCUCACCGACCUGCUCGAGCGAGCAAAGUCGCUCGAGGCUCGCAUCUCGAGCAUCCGCAAGAGCCACGAGUCGCCCAACCUGUCGAACGUGCAGCUCAGUCCCAGGACCGUCCUGGUGUCGUCACGCAAGCGCAGCGGCGGCAACAAAUCCAUGCUGUCCAGCCCGGCAUCCGGCUCAGGCUCGAGCUCGGGCUCAGGUGAGCCGAUCUCCGGAGUCAUGACCACGCCAACGAGAUCCCGCGGCCACCCCCCGCUGUCGUCGUCCACAUCGAAGCUCGAACGUUUGCGGGCCUCCAUUGGCUCUGGGUCUCCACGGAGUGUGUCGCUGGCGCCUGUCUCGUCGCCAAGGGGCCAGUGAGGAGCAUCCUCGACGCUCGUCUGCCGUCGCUGCCCACUCCACCGAUCAUCACCACCUCCAUCGCCACCUGCCCCCGCCUCGGCCAUCGUCCUCCCCCCCCCCAAAAAAAAAGAAGUCCGAGAAAACAGAAAAAGAGCAAAAAAGACGUUGAAUAAAAUCGAUUUCCAUGUA